CAUGCAUGAAACCCAACGCUAACUAAGGAAGUCAGAACCUCAUCUUGAAGACACAACAGAAGGUUCGGACACCACAGUUAUCACCAACCAAUCAACUAGAGGAGUUUUUGGGAUGUCUGAGCCUCUCCCGAAUGCAGAAAAUGCUGCAGUACCUCCAGACACAAACACGGAUUCUCCUAGCAAUGUUCCAGGGACAUCUGGGGCUGCCCAGACAUCGGCGAGUCUGGCAACGUUUCAGGAGGCAGACAUGCAUGGCGAUGAUGUUGAAGAAUUCAUCCAACCCACUGCAGCCACAAUAUUCAGCGACGCACCACCUGGACCCUUGCCGGAGGAUGAAGUCUCCAGGGAAGAUGAGAACUUGCUCAAGUAUUUCAUUAUGCUUCGACCUAAAGGACCUGCAGCUACCAUCCUGGCCAAAGUGUGCACUCUACUGUACAGUGGGGGAGGGCAAAGUGUUAAAGAUUACUGCAGUCAUGUUGUAGGUUUCUCCAACAAGCAAUACAAAAACAUCUUUAGUCUCCAUGAGAGGAAUACCUUGGAGGCAGGAACCGACUGGCAAACCUUUGACAUUACAUUUCUGUACAAACUGCUCCAGUGUGUGUGUGGUCUUGCACCUCCUUAUGACAAGAAGUGGACGGAACCAACGGCAAGCGGAGUUGAUGAGGAACUUGAGCACUUGUUAUACUGCAUCAAGUGCGAGAGAAACUUCCUGGCGCACGAAGCCGUCACGUUGAGUGACGAAGAACUUCAAGAGCGCUCAUCGAAGCUGAAGACACUGCUGGAGAACAUACUGUGCAAGGUCAGCCAGUGGAAAAACAUUGACCUCUCACAGGAUGUGAAAACCGCCAGAAUCAAAUUAGACGAGAUUCUCAACUCGACUUUGAAAUACUCUCUAAAGUCUUAUCAACAGGAACUGGAAGACCUGCGCCAGGAUAUCGUGAACAAGCUGGUAGUCAACUCUCAGGAUGAGUUGUUUCCGCACUAUCUCGAUUUGUGGUCAUCAGCUCUAGUGCAGUGGUUUCAGGUUCCAGCGGCAGAGGAAAACAACGGCCUUCACGAGUCAGAAAUCUUUACGAACGUAACCAUCAAAGACGUGAAUAACUCUGUUAUGUCAGUGGAGGAUAUCUUAUCUUAUCGCAUUGAGAACAACACUCUUCCGCAGGUCGUGAUCAUCGAAGGGAUCGCAGGCAUUGGGAAAAGUCAUGUCUGUAAAUACAUUCUUCAUAAAUGGGCCUCUGUUAAGGGAGAAGACAUAAAUUUGCCAGAUGUUGAGAUCAUAAUAUUUAUAGAGUGCCACACGGUCAACUCAAAAUCUCUUCGAGAAUACUUGAUUGAGGAACUGCUGUCCAACACGUGCAGCACUAUCCGGCAGGAAGAUGUGAUACCAGCCCUUCAGAAAUGUUGCAUUCUCUUCAUCAUCGAUGGUCUCGAUUGA